GUUAGUGAGCAGUAAGUGGCACGUGGUUUGUUGACUCAUUUGGCUUGUCUCCACAACGCAGUCUCUAUCAGAAUGAUGUUGUAAGACAUGCAGCCGCAAAAUACCUACUAUCACCAGUGCAAGUAAGAAGAGAAAUGUAAUUCUGAGGUCAUCAAGAUAAGAGAAAAAGAAAAUGAGAUUUUUAAUCUUUCUGCUAUGUGGUGGGUUCGUGGCCACCAGCGUAUCACAGAAGCAUGGAUUCAAUUUUCUCCCGGAACAUAGGAAAAAGCUGCAUCAGAAUUUCAAUUUGCCUUCACAUUCUAAUGCUGAAGUUCGACCCACACAAUGGCAAAGAGCAGAAUCAAUCCCUGAUCUACAGAGGAUCUACCUGUUAGCGGAAAAGAACAGUGAAUUUGGUUUCAAUGUCUACAGGAAAAUAGCCAAUCUGUAUGAAGAUAAUGUAUUUUUCUCACCUAAUACCAUCUCUACAACAUUUGCCAUGCUUUCUCUUGGUGCCAAAGGAGUAACACGUAACAACAUACUCCAAGGCCUCAACAUCGGGGACUUUGCCAGUACUGGCAACCAGUACCAACUGCACAGAUUGUUCCAGUGGCUUCACAGCAACAUCACCAACCAAAAGGAUUUGCUCAUCUCUCAGGGAAACUCCCUGUUUAUACAGAACAACCUUGAACUGAAAGAAACUUUCAUCAAAGACCUUUCUCAUUUUUAUAAUGCUGAUGUUACACCAGUAAACUUUCAAGACACAGUCAAUACCAAAGAUAUUAUUAACCAAUAUAUUCGCAACAGAACAGAUGGAAAAAUCAACAUGUUAUUAGAGUCUGUGGAUGCUGAAGCCAGACUUAUGUUUAUUAAUUACAUCUUAUUCAAAGGGAAGUGGAAGGCUCCAUUUGAUCCAAACUUGACAGUAAAUGGAACAUUCUAUGUGAACGCGUACACUCGAGUUAAAGUUCCCAUGAUGUACAAAGAAGGUCCAUUUUUGUUAACGUAUGACAAGAACCAUUCGUGCACAGUCCUGAAGCUUCCAUACAAGGGAAGUGCAAGCAUGCUGGUGGUGAUGCCAACAGGUGCAGGCUAUCAGCUUCUGGAAGAUGAACUAUCAACUCAACUGAUUGACCAGUGGAUGGAGGCCUUGAGAAGCAAGCACAUUGACCUCUAUUUUCCAAAGUUUAAAUUGGAAAAGUUAUACAAGAUGGAAAGGAAGUUAAGGCAGUUGGGAAUGAUCACGCCUUUCUCAAAUUCUGCUGACCUAUCUGGAAUCUCCUCAUCACAUCUGCUGAAGAUUUCUGAGGUCAUUCACAAAGCAGUGAUUAAUGUGGACGAGAAAGGAACAGAAGCCGCAGCCGUCACUGGGGUUCUUGCAGUUCCUUAUUCACUGCCACUUGUCAUAAAAAUAGACCACCCUUUUAUCUUUAUGAUUCACGAAGAUAUAACAAAAACUCUACUCUUUAUAGGAAGGGUGAAAGAUCCCACUAAACUGUAAGGGAUCUUUUGUUUAAAAAAUAAUCAUUUACAUUUUAAUUUGUUCUGAUGCUCAACUAAUACCAUAAUUACCAUUGUCACAAGUUUUACAUCCAUCAAUUAUUUAUUUGACAUUGACACGUAAUCAUAUGCAUCUUAACUGAGCAGAAGUAUACUUUAAAAAACCCUGCAAUUACAAGUGAUCCUGUAAUUUAUUUUUUGUGUUUACUCAAAGAACACGGUAGCGUCGUAGUUAAUGCAACACCUCAGGGCAUCGGAGUU